GGUGCCGGACGUCGUAGAAGCAGCGGUUUUCUUUCCUAUUUUAUGUUCUUUUUGUUGGUUCAUCCACGCAUCUGCGCCCGCCUCCCGUCAAAACUCCCAUUAGCCGUUCUGAUUCGUGUUUCUUAGUUUUGCAAAUUCAAAGACAAAAUUGAAGGCAUAUAUACGCCCUCUCCCACCUCUUCUUUCGUAAUUCUGUUUCCUCCUUAGAUCCGCUGUCCUACUCCUCCUUCCUUUUCAGGGGUGUUUUUUCUUUUCCUUCGUCAUGUCCACCGUCAACACGGAAGGGAAGCUCAACUGGUACCUCGGAAUCGAGCUGUCCCUCCGCAGCCUGGGCGCCUACCUUCAGCUAGGCUUUUGCCUCAGUGGCGUCCAACUGCGACACGCCUGCGUGCCGUACCACCUCACCGUCUACUGCGCACGGAGUCUUUGGCGGCGUAAAGUCACGCACAGCCCGGAGGACGGCGUUUUGUACCUCGGAACAGCUGGAGACGAUGACGCAGCAAGCGCCGAAGGUCCCUCCACGGCGAUGACGCGUCCCGUCAGCUCCCAGGCGAGCGGCCCGGUAGACGCGCACGCCUUUCUAGCUGAGCUGCUCGCCAAGUUCGACGCGUUGGCCGCCAUCACGCACGGCGAGGCGGCGGACGUAAAGCUUCUCACUCGUAUGAUGAAGCAGGACCUGCUGGUGCAGGAGCACCGUGCCGCCCAGCAGGCAGCCGGCGUGGUCCCGCACGAGCAGCACGCAAGCGAGGAAAACGUUGUCUUCCGCAUGUCUCAGUCCGACGCGACGUACGCCACAUUAAUCGACGCGGGCCACCCGGUGGCCAUCACGUAUCGCGACUUCGUGAACCUAACCACGUUGCUCAGCGAGGCGAUCGCCUGGGAUCUGCUCUGGAUCCACGCUGAACUGGACCGCCAGGCGAAGACACAACUUCAUGGCACUACCGCAGAAGUGUCUGCGCCGUCUGCGCACCGAAUGGAGGCGGACUGCAUUGCCGUGAUGCUGCCGAACUCGGUGGAGUACAACACCAUCUGGAUGGCCGCAGCACGCAGUGGCCCGCUGCACACCUUCCUCGACGUGCUCUACCGCAACAGCAACCACAUCAUCGGCAGUGGCGAUCGCGGGGGCACCUACCGCCCGUGUCGCACCGCGCUCCUCAACACAAAUCUGGUCAGCAACGCCAUGCUCUACCACGCCAUUGAAUGCUCUGGCAGUACGAUGCUGUUGCUGGACGCGGCGUACGUGCCGCUGCUGUUCUCUGCGUGCGAGCCCGCUGAAGAGGGAGAGGAGGGUAAUGCAAGGAGGAAGAACAACGACGCAUCAGUGAAGCUGCACGUGCCGCCGCACGUCAAGCGCAUUUACCUCUGGCGCAUCUCCAAAGCCAACGGCGAGCCGCUGCACAGAAGGAUGACAGCAGAGAUGAUGAAGCUGCUCGACGAGUUCAACGCGCUUGCCUACGGCGGUGACGCUGCGAAAGUGGCGCAGCCAACACAAGAGGAACGGAUGGCCAUGGCGGGCUACAACACCGCUGACGCCCCGCAGCUGCCGCCACCCUCACCGCCACCACCCACCCCUCCGUUGGACCUCUUUGAGAGGGUGCGGCCGUUCUACGAACGGGCACAGGCCACGCCGUCCUUCACGGUGGGGGAGAUGCGUCACACCUACCUCAUCAGCAGCCCCAAAGCCCGCCUGCUGGUGCACCACAUCCUCGCCCGGCCACCGCCGGGGUGGAAGUCGCUGCUCGCCUUGAAACUGAACACAGUGAGUUCAGCGCUGCGGCAGGUGAAGAAGGCCACCGCCGUGCCGUGGACGACCGCCGCCGACUCGGCGCAGAGUCGCACGCAGCUCGAGCACUACAAAGUGAAAAUGGCGGCCAUCCUCUCCGUGCUGCUGCGCCGCUUCCAUCACACGCAACCCGUCCUUUUCAUUUACACCUCCGGCACGACGGGGCUGCCGAAGGCGGCGCGCUUCAGCCACCUGCGCUUCUUCGCCACCGGCUUCUUGUCCCGCGUGCUGUACUACCGGGAGCGGAUUGCGGAGACGGUGGUGGAGCAGUACAACGAGGUGCAAUACGUCGACGCCCACCCGGACGCGGUGAUGUUCUACGCGCAGUCCGACAGCGCCUCUGCGGUCUCCGCAACGUCUUCUCCUGCGCCAACCGGCAUAAUGGAAGAUGAAAGCGGUGUGAAAGACUCGUCCGCGAAGGCCGCCUCGUCCACAGAUGACGGCAGCACCGACGGUGGCGGCGGCAAUUACUGCUGCCCGUCCAUCCCACAAGUAUUCGGCGCCAAAGUCCUCAACCCGUCCCGGCGCAAACGCACGACCGUGGAGGCGACGUUGGUCAUCUUCUGCAACGUUCUGCUGUGGUGGGUGCGUUACUUCGCCUCCCUCGCUGGCGUGGAGUACUACGUCAACAAGGCGGUGGAGAGCUGGUGGUACUCGCCGGCCCAGCUCGCGGUGAUCGAGGCGGAGCGCCGCAUCGUGACCAUCUACAAUUGCCUGCCCAUGUACCACACGGUGGGGAGCGUCUUCUGUCUCGGCCACCUCCUACACGCGCUGGCGGAGCAGCAGGACGCCUGGGCCCAACUCUGCCGCUGCGCCCCGCUAUCGACUCGUCUUGCCGCCACGGUGCCGACGGUGCGCAUGAUCCUGCGCUCAAAGUUUAGCGCGUCGCAGUUCCGGAAAGAUCUGCAGCGCUACCAUGUCACGGUGGUUCAGUACAUCGGUGAGGUGCUGCGGUACGCCGUGCUGUACGAACGCGGUCACCCGCCGGCAGCCGCUGCACCGUGCACCACCGCGGAUGGCGCCUCGGGCGCAGAUGCAGUCUCGGCGGCGGUGGCGCUGGCCGCCGAGAACCGCACCACGUGGCGGGUCCCCUACGCCUUCGGCAACGGGCUGCGGAAAGAUAUCUGGCUGGAGUGCAUGCGCCGACUGAACAUCGCCCACCCGGUAGAGUUCUACAGCUCCACCGAGGGCAACAUCUUUUUGCUGAACCUGUACGGCAUGCCUGGGGUGGUAGGCCAUAUCCCUCGCUUCCCGCCGCCCAUCGCGUGGCUCUCGAUGCAGUACUUCCCACUGUUCCCAUUCCGCGUGCUACGGUUCGAUGAGGCGGCGCAGAAGGUGUACCGCGACCCGAAGUCUGGCUACUGUGCACAUUGCGCCGUCGGCGACGUCGGCGAAGUGGUGGGCGAGGUGAUUGAAGGCUUCGACAUGUUUGCGCUGCGUCGCUUUGAUGGCUACCACAAGGCAAACCCAACGACGGCGGGUGCUGGUGGCGCUGCUGCUACUCGCACCGGCGGAGACCAAGAGGAAGAUGCAGCAGCGCGGCAGAGUAGGGUGAUUCGGCAUGUGCUGUGGCCCUACCAGAACGACUGCUACUUCCUCUCCGGGGAUUUAAUUCGAAUGGACCGCUACGGCUUCUGCAGCUUUGUCGACCGUGUCGGCGAUACAUUUCGCUGGAAGGGCGAGAACGUGAGCACGCUGGAGGUGUCGAACGCGCUGAACACGAUCCAUACGGCGCGGGUCGAGGUGCAGGAGGCGGUCGUCUACGGCGUGCGGCUGCCCGGCCGCGAAGGACGUGCGGGGAUGGCGAUGCUGAGUCUCCAGCCGAGUCACGCGCACCGCAACGGUAGUCCUCCUCCGCAGAAAAUUGCCUCUAGUAGGGCUUCCUCUUCUCCGUCGCCACAAGUUGUGGUGUCGCUUGUCGAGGAGCGUCGCUUUUUGCAGGAAGACCUCUACGCCUUCCUCUCCGGCAAGAGGACCCGCAACGGCGACGGCUCUGCUAAUCAGGCCACGCUGCCGGCCUACGCAAUUCCGUUGUUUGUCCGCAUGCAAGACCCGCUCGCCGCCGAGGAGGAGGAAGAGAAUGGGGGUACGGAAGAGGAGAGGAGUGAGUCCAUCGUGACGGCGUCGCCAACGACGACGAAGGCCGAAGACGACUCAACGCAGACGACCACCUUCAAGUACAAACGCAGCUUGCUGAUCAAGCAGGGCUACGACUUUGAAGGGAGCUCCACAGUUUGUGUGGAUAGUGCGGCACAAGCGGGGGACAGCGGUGUUGAUUCGAACACACGCGAUGGGGUGAAUGAUGUGUCGGGGUCUGCCGCCUGCACUCGGGUUUAUGUGUUGGUGACAAACCCAACAACGUACAAGGCUCUGGCGAUGCCGUCGGACAACACGGAAGGCGAGGUCGACGACGGCGCCGCUACGGCGUUGAGUGCCGGCUACGUGCUCCUCACCGCUGAGUCACGCCGGCUUCUUGGCGAGAACAUGGACAAAUGCGGCUGGUAA